CCUUACAGAAAUUUCUUAGUGAAUGAACAUUUACGAUAGAUAGCAAUGGAAGGUCCGUUAGAAAUAAAGAACAGAGGUAUGGAAGAACCUAUAAAAUCUGAAACUCCCAUACAAAAUUCUGAUAGUAGUGAGCGAAAUGAUGGCGCAACUUCUCCACCUCCAAAUUGUAGCAUCUGUCUGGGGAAGUUGGUUAAUACGUCUUUUACAGACAGUUGCUUGCAUCAAUUCUGUUUUACUUGCUUGCUUCAGUGGUCUAAAAUCAAAACAGAAUGCCCUUUGUGCAAACAGACAUUCAAGUCAAUUAUACACAAUGUAAGAUCCGAAGAAGAUUAUGAUCAAUAUCAUGUACCACGUGAAUUGGUGUCACAAAUUCCACAACCUCAAGUCACUGCUACUUUGGGUGUUAAUUUUGAUGUUGAUUGGGAUGUUCCUCGUCGAUUUGUUUACAGAACAACAUUGACUAGCAAUCGUCGACAUGGAGUGUUAUUAAAUCCAGAGCAAGUUACAAGACGCGAGCAAUUACCUAGUAUGGCACCUCAAGUGCCUAGGGAAGAACGUAGACGUAGACGAGCUAAUCCGACAGAUUAUCGUCGUACUGUUUAUAGACAUGGUAUAUGGGCUACUUCAUUACCUGACAUAUUUGGACGUUUCCGCGAAUGUAGUCCUGAAUAUUAUAGGAGACAACCACAAGAAUUAGAUCGUCUUAUACCAUGGUUGAACAGAGAACUACAAGUUUUACUUAAUAAUGAACCAACUCACGUUGCAUAUGUAUUGAGUAUAAUAACAGAUGCCUUAAUUCAAUAUGAUAUUAGAAGUCCAGAAUUUCGGAACAUUGUACGACCAUUUUUCUCUAUACAUACAAAUCAUUUUGCACACGAGUUGUUGACUUUUGCCCAAACUAAUUUUGAUUUAUAUGGAUAUGAUCAAUCUGUUACCUAUUUGCCAAGUGGUUUAUCAAAUGAAUAUGUAACUCGUAUUGAAUCACCUACAUCUAGUAUUAAUAGUAACAAUAUCAGUCGCAGCAGCAGUAGCAGCAAUAGUAGUCUUAUAUCUGAUAAUUCAGAUGUGCGAAUACUUGAUGAAGCAAUUGAUUUGAGAGUAAACGCUGAAAUGCCGAAUACAUUACCACAUUCUAUUAGUAUGCCAGGUCCCAGUGCAGUAGGACAAAUGUAUCGCAGAAUAGAGCCAUUUAACAAUGUACCAGAACUCUUAAUCGUUUCAUCAAGUUCCUCUGAAUCAGAAUGUGAAAUAAUUGGUUAUGUAAAACCACGUCAUGAAAGAACACCGGAAAUCAUAGAGUUACUUUCUUCUGACUCUGAACAUGUAUCUGUUUCUCAUAUAUCAAAUGGGAGCUCACAAACAAUCACGAGAAGAAUACAUCCAGAAAAUAUAUCACUACCAAGUACGUCAUAUGUCACAAAAGAAUUAUCUUCAUCAUCUUGUUCGGCAACAAGCAAUGAUACUACUACUUCUGACAGUGAUUACAAUCCAAAACAGAAUAGACAAAAAUGUUCGAAGAAAUCGGGGAAAAAGAUAGUUGCACAAAAACAUAAAAGAUCAUAUGGAAUAGGAAAUCGCAACAAAUCAAUUAAGAAAAGAAAGAUAUCUUCCAGUGAUUCCAGUUCAUCUGAAUCACUGAAAUUGCUUAAAAAGUAUGAGAAACGAUCGAGAAAGGCGCAAUAUAGGAUACAAGCUAAAGAUACAGGACGAAUAAAACUUAUUAAAAAAGAAGAAAGCUAUUCAGAUGAAGAUUCGUCUAACGAUAGUAGUAGCACAGAAACUGAUAACAAGACAAAAACCAAGAAGUCUUAUAGAGAAUACAAGUUGAAAAGAGAUUCUUUUAAUACAAACGAUACAGCGAAAAGAGGAAAAACAACGAGAAAUAAAGAGAAAGCUACGAAUUUGGAAAAGUCUAAGAAUCGAAAUCCAAAGUGUAAUGAAAGUAGACAAUCCAGAUCUAGAAGUAAUAGUGCAUCUUCUAAUGUUUCUGAACGAGAUAACAGGCCGAAUUAUAGACACCGAGAAUCUCGAAAUACAAACGAGCAUGAAAGUCAAGACAAUAACGCUUCAGUAAAUAAAGAUAUGUCAAGAAGUGAAUAUAAGUCUAAAUCAAAAAGAAAAGUAUAUUAUUCUUCAGAUUCAGAGGAUGAUCAUUUAAGAUGUAGUAGCCAAUGUAGUAAUUAUUCUAAUAAAUCUUAUUUACAUUGGAGAAAAUCAAAACGUAAAGAAAAACAUAAAGAUAAAGAGCGCCAUAAAUCCAAUAGUAGAAUAUUUAAUUUAUCACAAUCCAAUGCGAGUACAAUUUUAACGAUGUCUAUAUCGUCAAAAAAUGAAAUAUAUCCGACAAAACAUUCCGAUCGCAAUGGUUCCGAUUAUAAAGAAAAAUAUAAAUCACGCAAAGAAUUGAAGCAUAGAAAAUCCGAAAAUGAAAAAAAAUCAAGACCAAAGAAAAGAAGACACCGCCUUCAAUCUUCUUCCACUUCGGGAUAAUAUCAUAUACGACUUGUGUUAAAUAAUAUAAAAUAAAUAUUGAUUUAGAAUAAUG